GGGGGCAAAUUCUUCUGAUAAUUAUGUCAAGUGAAGAAAAUUUUGGAGCAGUUUUUGUUGAAGCUUUGAGUGUCAAGGAGUUUAUUGCCGCCCGCCCCCCUGGCUUCGCCGUUGAAUUGGCCAAACAUCUUUCAUGCGUAUAGCUUACUCCAUGCAUUGCAAGGGGCUUGUGUAUGUAUUAUUUCACAAUAUUUUCUCUGAACAAAGAAGCCGACUAUUAGACAAUCGAUGUUAGAAACCAAACCUCUUUUUGUGUUCUGUUUACUAUCCUUCUCUAGGCUCUCUGCUACGAUAGACACUAUCAUUCCAAGCCAUUCCAUCAGAGACGGUGAGACUUUAGUUUCAGCUGGUGGAACCUUUGAACUGGGAUUCUUCAGUCCAGGCAAUUCAAAAGGCCGAUACUUGGGAAUAUGGUAUAGGAUAUCUACUGACGCAGUUGUAUGGGUAGCCAAUAGAGAGACUCCAAUUGCUAAUCGCUCAGGAGUCUUGAAGGUUACAAAUGAAGGAGAUAUUGUUCUUUUUAACAAUACAAAUAGUACUGUUUGGUCAUCCAAUACGUCGAGAGCUGCAGCAAGUCCAGUAGUAAAGCUGUUGGAUUCAGGAAAUCUUAUUGUGAAAGAUGGAAAUGACAAUGGCUUGGAGAACUUAUUGUGGCAGAGCUUUGAUUAUCCUUGCGACACAUUGAUGCCAGGAAUGAAGUUGGGAAAGAACUUUGUAACAAGUCGAGACUGGUUUUUAACAUCUUGGAAAAGCACAGACGAUCCUGCUAAAGGUGAGUUUUCUUUACGGAUAGAUACUCAUGGGCUUCCACAGCAAGUUUCUAUGAAGGGAGAUAAAAUAAAGGCUAGAGGAGGGCCAUGGAAUGGCCUUAGUUUUUCAGGAUAUCCUCGUUUAAGACCAAAUCCAGUAUUCGAGUAUGAAUUUGUGAUGAACAAAACUGAGGUAUAUUAUGUGUAUACACUUGUGAAUAGUUCAGUCUUUUCAAGACUUGUAUUUUACCCAUCGGGUGUUUGGGGACGGCUCAUAUGGAGGGACCAGACACACAGCUGGGAGAUCUACUCUACAUCCCAGGUAGAUCAGUGUGAAAAUUAUGCCUACUGUGGUGCAUAUGCUACCUGCAAUACCAAUCGCUCUCCAGUAUGUGCAUGCUUACAAGGAUUUGUAUCCAAAUCUCCAAAAAAUUGGAAUUCAGUAGAUUGGUCUGAUGGUUGUGUUCGAAGGACUCCAUUGGAAUGCAAUAGAGAUGGCUUCCUGAAAUUCACAAAUGUGAAAUUGCCCGACACAUCUUCUUCAUGGUUUAAUAUAACCAUGAGCCUCGAGGAAUGUGAGAAAUUGUGUUUGAAAAACUGUUCUUGCACAGCAUAUUCAAAUUUAGAUAUCAGGGGAAAAGGAAGUGGCUGCUUGCUUUGGUUCGGUAACCUGAAUGAUAUCAGAGUAGACCAGGACGGCCAAGACAUAUACAUAAGGCUGGCCAAUUCAGAACUAGAUAAUAGUGAGAAAAACAGGCAUUCCAGCAAAAUAAAACAAGUACGAAUCAUAGUCGGCUCUGCACUACUAGUCAUGGGAAUUCUUAUACUUGGAGUAAUAUCAUAUGUAUGGAAGAAGAAAAUUAGUUUCAAAGGAAUCACAAGGAAAAAUUACAACUAUGUAGGUGGGAAUGAAAACAUGGAGUUACCUGUAUUUGAUUUUAUGACCAUAGCUAAUGCCACCUGUCACUUUUCGGGCAACAACAAAUUAGGAGAGGGUGGCUUUGGACCUGUAUAUAAGGGUACCCUGCAAGAGGGGCAAGUGGUAGCUGUAAAGAGGCUCUCCACCAAUUCGGGACAAGGAAUGAACGAGUUCAAAAAUGAAGUUUUAUUAAUUGCCAAACUUCAACACCGCAAUCUUGUGAAGCUUCUUGGUUAUAGCGUUCAAGAAAAUGAGAAAAUGUUAAUCUAUGAAUACAUGCCUAACAAAAGCUUGGACUCUUUUAUUUUUGAUCAUACAAGAAGCAAAUUACUGAAUUGGCAUAACCGCCUUCACAUUAUUGGUGGCAUUGCGAGGGGGCUUCUUUAUCUUCAUCAAGACUCUAGACUCAGAAUUAUCCAUAGAGAUCUCAAAGCUAGCAAUAUUCUACUAGAUGAUACCAUGAACCCAAAAAUCUCGGACUUUGGCUUGGCUAGAACAUUUGGGGGAGAUCAAACCGAGGCCAAGACCAAAAGAAUUGUUGGAACGCAUGGAUAUAUGUCUCCUGAGUAUGCGGGGUAUGGACAAUUCUCUAUCAAAUCUGACGUCUUUAGCUUUGGAGUUUUAGUGUUAGAGAUAGUGAGUGGGAAAAGGAACAAGGAAUUUUGCCACUUUGAUGACCACCUUAAUCUUCUUGGACUUGCCUGGAGAUUAUGGAUUGAAGAUCAGGCAAUGGAACUGAUUGAUAAAUCUAUAGGCGACAUGUUCACACUAUCUGAUCAAGUGCUACGCUGCAUUCAUGUGGGCUUGUUAUGUGUGCAACAAAGACCAGAAGAUAGGCCAGACAUAUCAUCUGUGGUUCUGAUGUUGAGCAGUGAGAGUUUAUUGCCUAAGCCCAGGCAGCCUGGUUUUUAUUCGGAAAAGGCUCAACCUAUAGCAGAUUCUUCAUCAACAAAGCAUGAGCCAGUUUCAACCAAUGAAAUUUCCAUGACAUUAUUAGAGGGACGGUAAAAUGACAUGACAUUGCUCAGGAUUUAACAACUCUUUUGGUUUAGACUUUAGAGCAAGGGUCCAAGGGAACUCUUACUCUAGUGUUCAGACUUUAUAUCUUGUCUCUCAUACUGAACAUUCUAUUUUGUGUGCGUUUGGAUUCAACUGAAUCCUGCGUCCACGUUUUCCA